UAUCGUUUGACCGCAAACAAAAAAUAUUUUCAAAAUUAUUGAAAUAAUCUCUAAUUUUUAGAAACAAUUACAAAAUAGAAAAGAAAUAAAAAAAUUAGAUAUGUCCAGUUAAAUAAAAGGAAAGAGGACCACAAAUAGUUGAAAAUAAAAUAUAUCAUAACUAAAAUGUAUAUUAUACAUAUAUGUUAAGAUUAUAUUGUAUACAGUGAAUCAUAGAUAUGUCAAAUUUUUAUUGAUUACUUUUAUCUAGGGAAAAACUAAUAUCCAAUUAUAGCUUGGUUCAUAUGGUAUGAGUAAUUUACUAAAAUAUACCUUACACUUAGCAUAUAUAUCAUCUCAUAAAACUAUUUUAUUUUCUUAAUAGUAACAAUCUUUAUUAACAUAUAAUUUUUUUACAUCUUUGUAAUAGUUAGACAUGUGUUCCAAUAGUAUGUCAAACUCCAAAAAAAAAUCGAUUUCGGUUCGAGAAUUGUGAAAAAUAAUCCACAACAAUUGUAAAUGUAACAUAAAAAGAAAUGUAAUAUAUUUUUUUUUGCUAAAAUUUAAAUAUCAUAUAGAUGAUUGGAAGAUCUUAAUUCUUAGGUCAGAGCCACUCCGGAAAAUAGAAAAAAAAACAAGGCGGAUCAAUAGAAUGUUUACUUUGUUUGAAUGACUAUAAAUUUUUGUUAGGGAUAAUUCAGACUAUGUUAAAUUAAAAUUAUCAUUUGAGCGGUAAACCUUUCACAAUGCGAUUUACACCCAUCAUUUAUAUCUUUGAUUUUUUAUUUGUAACAGUUAUUGGUUGGUAAAAUAUCUAAUUAUUGUGUGGAUAAAAUGAGAUAAUGAAAUCUUUCUGUUCAUUAUCUUUAAUCUAUUACAUUUGUGACCCUCAUAUCUGUAUAAAACGAACCUAUUACAUAACGAGAACAAUAUAGUUUAUCUUUAAUUUUCACAUUCUCUAAGCUUUGGGCGGUCGGUAUUUUUUCUCAGUUCUUAAAAAUCCCAGUCAGUUAUGUCAAAUUGUAGCAUUGAACAACUGCAUGAUUUCUAUGUUCAAGAAAGACUGCUUUUCGUUAAAUUGGUACAAAAAUUUUCAAGAUCUCCAGCUGAGUCACUUCUUGUCAUGGCCACAUGGCUUUGGCUUGAAGACUUUGGCUUUGAGCACAUCUUCUCAGUCAUCAUGGCGCUCAACGAUCCACUCAUUGCAGCUCUUGCUAAUGAGGCUGUCUUAUGCUUCCGGUGUCUUGAAUCCGAAGAACCUCCAAAUGGUUUCAGUCAGAUCCCUGUGACUGCAGAAUUUAUGGAUAUAUCUCUUCAAAUAAUCUACCAAAAUCGAUACAGUGCCAUCACAGGAAUCAAAAACUUUUUAACCACUGUUUGCUCAAGAAUUUUCUCUGACAUCGUUCAACAAGUUCUCCCAUCCUCCUACAUCACUAGCCACAACCAGCCUCUCAUCAUCCCCGGGUUCCCGCAUCCAACUUUUGGGAGCAUCAACGUGAUGCCUAGUGUUGCUUCCUUGGAUAAUUUCUCCAGCAGAAAUUUAUUCCCUAUCCCUAGUGGUAUAUGGGGCUGGAAUGCUAGUUGCAUCGCAACUGAAAACGACCGGACCCUUUUUCUAACGUUUUCUCGUGGAAUCCCAGUAUCCGAAGCGGAAGUGAGGCUGGUAUUCACAGAAAAAUAUGGAGAAAACUGUGCUAAGGGCGUUCACAUACCUAAGUACGGUGGAAACUUACCCAAUGAGAACUUGAAUAGUAAUCAGGAUGUUCAACAACAAUCACUAUAUGGGAGGCUGGUCUUGGACUCAGUCGUUACUGUGGAUCGUAUACUUAUGGGCGAGAGUAAACAAAAGUUUUACAUCGACGGGAAGCCUAUUUGGGCUCGUAAGUUUAAAAAUAGAUACAGAAAAUAAAAAGAUGCCUAUGUAACUUGUUCAAGUGACAAUAUUAUUAUUAUCUUCUCUUUCUUUUUUUCUGAUGCUAAAUCUUUUAUUUUAUGUCAUAAAUAAUCAUAUUGUUGGAUAUGCUGACAAAAAAAAAUAGUUGUCUUGGAUAUCUUUCUUUCCUGUCUAAUCGAAAUAUUUUGAUUGGGAAUAAUGGACUACCCUCUAAAUAAAAACUACUCCAGUCUAAAGGCUAGAUGUUACAACUUACAACCUUCUCUCCAAUAAACCGAUUACCCCGAAGAGAAAAAGUGAUCUAACAAAGGAAUGACACAAAUAAACCAUAAAAUAGAGGUUUCAACCUUCUCUCUAGAUCUAUCCAUUUGUUAUUGACUGUUUGCCGACUCCGGCUGCUUCCAUAGAGCUGUAGUCGCUCUUUGUCUUUUGAUCUAGAUAUUUCGCUUUUGCUCUCGUUUUACUCUACAUGUGGAUUUCCAGACCUUCGAUCUUGCUGUGCCCCUUCCAGAAGGAACAAAAGUUUUAGCUAAUCUUGCUGUGUAUUAAUCGUUCUUCUCCUAUUAAUCUUUCUAGUCAGCGUGGGUUGGGUUUACUACCCUUCAGAUCUAUUUAUUUCCAAGAUACAUAAUGAUGGAUUGAAUGAUUUGCAUGUUGAUAUUAAUCUCUCUUAAUUUGGCUCAUAUUUGGUUUCGAUCUUCAUCCUUGUCAAGUUCUCGAUCAAAUUUGAACCUGUUUAUGAGUGGUUUCGGUCCUUGUGGUUUAUCUUAUGAUUUGAUCGAGAUCUACAUUCUGUCAUGCUUCAAUUUUGCGUUUCAAGUCGGUUUUUCUCUGUCUGCGUAUUUCUGGUUGAUGACUUAUGAACUAAAAAUGGUUCUGUCUCCUAAAGUAUGAAGCUUUAGUCUCUUAUUCUCUUGGGAUAUUCACUAUAGGAGGAUUCCCUCGUAUUGUCUCUAUCAAAAAGCUCUAAAGAAAAUCUUCAUGACUUGUUUUAUUUGAAACACAAUCUUCAUGCCUUGUUGUUAUUGAUUUUUGUUGUUUUUUUUAUCUGUUCCUUGCGUCUGCCAGUUUGGAUCUGUUAGUUUAGAUUAUCUGCUUGUUCUAUGUUUCCAUACUUUCCCAUUUGUGGACUUUCGUCUCUGAAGACCUUUGUGUUGGUUUGUCGGCUCUUGAUUACCGGAGUUCAUUGAAAUUGCAAGAUUUUGUAACUGUUCUUGUUGAAUAUAAUCCUUCUUUUAUUGUUAAAAAAUAUGUUAAAACCUCCUCAGUAAUGAACACUAGGCCAAAGAGGAUGACACUCAUUGCAGUCUCUCGAAAUACUUUUCAAUGAGUUGGAUACCUCUCUUCUCUGAUUGCGAAAAGAGUCCACAUCGAAUGUAAAUGUAAAAAAUGAAAUAUAAAGUGUUCAUAUUUUUUAAUGAUGCCGAGGUUUUGGGUUUGUAAGCUCGUGUACCUUUCUAGACAAAAACUAAACCUAUAUUAAAUUAAUUCUCUUUUGGAGGUACCGUUCACGUUAGGAUUUAAUUCAAAUUCUGAUAUCCUUAAUUUUUUAUUUAUAAUUAUUUCUUAAAAAUCAUUAUAAAAUAUCUAGUAUAAUAUGUGGUUUGUCCUUUAUUUUAAAAAUUUGUGACCCUCAUAUCCAUAUAUGUGAAACGAACAUAUUAGAUAGCGAUCACAUUAUUGUGUCCGGAUUUUGCGUGGUAAGUACUAUACACUAAGUUUGCCAUUUUGGGCUAGUGAUAUAGAUACCCCUUCAUACAUAUAUGUAUGGACUAGUGUAUCUGCAGUGAGGCCUCUGCUGUUGUUGGAGAUUUGGCAAAAGAUCUAUUUAGGUUAUGAUGUAAGAGCAUGGAAGGAUCCACGGAUUCCAACUUCAACUUCACCUGCAAGGUCGGCUAGGCCAAAUGUCCCAGUAGCACAUCUCAUAAUUAAGUUAGUGAUUUAGUUGAUGAAGAAUCAAUGGAAUGGGACGUUGUGAUGCUUGAUAACUUUGUAGCACAAGAAAUAUACCAUUGGUUAGAAGCUUGGACAUAAUCUGAUAUUUACAUCGUGAUACUUAUUGUUGAAUUUUUACCAAGAGUGGUAUGUAAACUGUUAAGUCAGGAAACUUGAUGGACAUACAUAUAAUUAAGGCUGAAGAAUAUGUUGUUUACGUAAAACCAAGCAUCGCGAAACUCCAGCAUAGGUGGGGGAGGAUAUCACAGUUCAUUUUGAAGACCCAAAAACGUCCAUGAUGAGGAGCCAUAUAUCGGGCAAAGCCAAAGGAGAUUCAAGCUCAUUUUUACUUAGUUUUCUUAUGUAUGAAGUACUUAUGUAAAAUAUCAAAGUAUUAAAUAUUAUAAAAAAUGUGUGGAAAUAUGUAGAGUACUUAGGAGCGAAAUUGCUUAAGGGAGGCUAUUUCA